UUUGCUGCACCAUGAGGACCGCUAAACUGGGAUUUCUUCUAGGGCUCUUCAUCUUCUGCUUACAAACUGCCUCCUUAUUGGGUGGUGUUGCCAAAGUUGCUGAAUAUUUCUGUGGACAUGUAAAAGAUCCCUGUGUUAUGGGAAUAGAUAUUGGACGCUGCUAUGAAAUUCACUUUAGAUAUUUCUACAACACAACCUCCAAACAGUGUGAAAGUUUCUUCUACAGUGGCUGUGCUGGCAACCUUAACAACUUCAAGCUUAAAAUAGAAUGUCAAGUGGCCUGUAUUCCAGAAUACGAAAUCAAGGAAGAAAAGCUGCAAAUCUAGCUCAGCGGACUAAGCACCUCCUU